AUUCGGUGCCAUCACCAACACUGACGUGGUCCGUUGUGUCAGACUGUACGGGGAUUUAUAAAAGUCCCUCAAUAAUGAAACAGCGCUCGGACUGUGGUGUUGUGGCCGCAGACGCCUCUGUACCGAACACUGCGGCAUGAACACAGCCGUCUGUUUAAAACAGACCCGUCUUAUCUGACCUCAAAACGGCUCCAGCGGGUGAAGCCUCGACCAUUUUUGUUGUUUACAUCCGUCAUGCAGGAGUCGGAUGAACGGAAAGGGGCGGCGACGGCAGACGUGCAGGUCGAUGAACAACCGAACGCGCUCAUCGCCUGUAAAGUCCCCGACGAGGUCUUUAAUGACACCCAUGUAAAGGGCCAGUUUGAGACACUGUUUCAUCAGUUUGAUGCAGGAGUGUAUUUCCAGUUCUUCAAAAGCUUUCACCGUGUACGCAUUAACUUCACCAGUGCUGUGGCUGCUGCUCAGGCGAGAGUGAACCUUCACAAGAGUGACUUCAGUGGCAAAGAGAUGCGCCUCUAUUUUGCCCAGUCUGUGCAUAUAGGCAGUCCUCGUCUAGAGCCCCCAAAGCCAGACAAGCAGUUCCUCAUUUCUCCUCCAGCCUCUCCUCCAGUAGGCUGGGCGCAGUCUCAGGAUGCUACGCCCCUCAUUAAUUAUGACCUACUGUGUGCUGUCUCCAAACUUGGUCCAGGUGAGCAGUAUGAGUUACACACUGGAACCACCACCACGCCUAGUGUGAUAGUGCAUGUGUGUGAAGAUGACAUCUCGGAUGAUGAAGAGGAAACAGAGAGAGGAACCCGGGCACGCCCAAAAAUUAUUCAGACUCGGCGCCCAGAUUAUGCUCAUGCUGUCAAGAAGUGAAUUUAUUGGACCAUCCGUGCAACUAGUAACUGGACUUUAAAUCUAGUUUUACCCUCCACAGCACCACGGAGACAGCAAAGACGAGCACCUCUUACUGAGAUGGAGUGUCUGAUCUUUACCACCACAUGCACUUCUGAAGUAAAUUUGGUUUAUUUCGGUAGAACAAGAUACAUUAGGCAAUGAAUUGAGUUUAUAUAAUUUAACAAAAGGCGCUUCUGCUUGGCCUUACAUUCAUGUAAUGAGAAAGUGGCAUUUGGAGAGUGUUGUCUGGUUUUGUUGUUUUUUUUGUUUGUUUGUUUUUUUGUUUUUGUUUUUGUUUUUUUACUUUAGUUUUUAUAAAACACAUUUUCUUCAUGUGUGAAAGUUAUGUCUGUUGAGGGGCCACAAAUGUAGAGCAGCUUAUUGGCAUUAUGUUGUAGCCUGUUGUGUCUGUCUAUGUUGCUAUGUUAUAAUAUUGUGCAAAAACUAAUUAAUGUUAUUAAUGUUAUCUGAUUUAUCUGAUUAUUAUGCACUUGGGGCCCGAAUUCAGAGUUGCCCGCAUACCUAGGAGCUAAUAAUGGAAUUGCAAUUGUCCAGACCUUUUUUGACGGGGCGUUGACUAGACCACAUCAAAAUACCUGAAAGAAAUAUCAGACAUAUUACUAAUUAUACAUCCUGUAAAGAAAUCUUUACAAUGUAAAAAUACAAAUAUGUGCAGUUUAUGUUGCUCUGACAAAUGAAAGUGUUCUUGUUUUCAACUCUUUUCAAUUCGAAAAAUUACUUUUAACUGUUUUAAUUCAAUUCUAAUUAUUUGUAUAUUGAUUUUAACUACGGACAUUGUCUCAAAGCAGCUUUACAGAAAUCUAAAAACAUAGAAUAAAGAUUACGAAGUUUAAAAUUACAUUAAUAUUUAUCCCUAACAUUCAAAACAUCCAUUAAAACAGUAAUAGUAUGCUUGUUUAGUUUGCUGUAUAUAAAGAGGAUCCACACCUGAGUGCCCUUUAUUUAAUUCAAUUCAAUUUAGUUUAUUUGUAUGGCGCUUUUAACAAUUGUGGAAUUGUCUCGAAGCAGAAGCACAGACACAGAAUAAAAAUUGUAAAGUUUAAGAUUAAGUUAAUAUUUAUCUCUAACAUCUAUUCCUAAUGGGAAGCCUGAGGUCAUGGUGGUGAGGAAAAACUCCCUGAGAUGAUAUGAGGAAGAAACCUUGAGAGGAACCAGACUCAGAAGUGAACCUCAUCCUCAUUUGGGUGACACUGGACAGAAAAUAAUGUCCCUUCUGUUUGCGUAUUUAGCUAAUUGCAUUACAAGCUUGAUAAACUUUCCCGGUGGGCCACUGAUCUUAAAUUCUAAGAGAGAUGUCAUGGGGCAGUUAAGCUCAUUUACCCCUGGGGUCAAACUCUGGAUGCUUCUGCACUACUACAUUUAGCUGAGAUCCUGACCAUGUUCACAAUAUGAGCACAAUCACAAUCCACACUAAAUCUAAUCACAACUGGAGUUUCACUCCUGACUAAGCCUCAGGAUUUCUGCUAUAAUGCUAUAAAUUAGUAGACUAUGUUUAUGUUAAGUUAAUCAUGCCGAAUUAAAUUGGCUGCAUCAGUAAUAUUUAUAGAUUUGCAGACGGUUAAAUUGCAUGAAACCCCCGUUGUUAAAUUGACACAUUUGCCAUAAUUGUGUCUUAAUGUGAUUAUUACGAUUUGGAAUCUUUUCACAUACCGAUUAUGACAAUCAGCCUUAGUAUAUUUGCAAUAUAUUCAACUACAAUUAGAUUUAGUUAUUUCUGGCAUUUUCAGGCAGCUCUUUAUUUCCCCUUUUUUAAUCAUACUGAUUGUUAAUGAAAGAAAUCAAUCUUCUGAGCUAUGAACUACAUAUUUUAAUAAUUUACAUAUUAUAAAUAAGUGAAUAAUCUCUCUAAUCCUCACCGGAAUCUGAUGUUCAAUAUAAACAUAAAUAUUCUUGUAUCUUUCAAAAACAAGUCUGCAGCUCUGAAUACGGCCCUUGAAGAAUAACGCCUUAUUAUGUGGUACAUGUUUAACAUGACUUGAGUGUUGCUUCAUAUCUGUUACAUAAAAUGUGAUCUGUUGAUCUGGUGUACUGUAUUGUCUGUGGAGAUUAGUCACUGAAAUCAUUGUCAGAGAAUAAAGAAAAUAAAAUUUUAAAAUGCA